AUGACGUGUGACGUGGCGUAUGAAGUGCCACGUCUCGUAAUGUCAUUCGUUCCGAAAUCGUUUAUUCUUGCCGGUUUCUCCUCCACCGAUCGGUCGGAUGGCAAGAUGGUCCCUCUCAAUCGACCAGGCUCGUUCAUGUGGGUCUCAUUUCGAUGGCAGUCGGACAAGCGUACUAAACCAAUUCGGCCUCUUUCGGACUAA